AUGGCAAAGUCGACUAAAUCAUCUACCAAGGCCUCCAAUGAAAAAAAGACCAAGCACCAAGCUCUCAGUCCUCAAGCUGUCGUGUCCAAGUUCUGGGACAAGUUCAACUCCAAGGCUCCGGGCAAAGUCACUUCCGUUUUCCCUCGGAGCCUGCACAAGUCCCUUCUCGCAGAUGCCGACUCGUCAAUUCCCAAGUCGCGCAACGCUGCACAAAGCUACGAGGCCGCUGCUCAACAAUGCAAGGAUCGAGUUCGCGCCAUCGUCAAGGAGUGUGAGCGCACCAACUCCAAGUUUAGUGAUCCCGAGUUUGAUAUCGACCUUUGGAGAACCCUAUCCAAGAAUAGUCCCGACCCUGAUCCCGAUUACAUACCUGGCUCAGUUCACCGUAUCCCGUGGAUUUUUGAGAAUCCUCAGUUCACCAUCGGUGGCUAUUCGGGCUCAGACAUCAAGCAGGGUCAUCUGGGCAACUGCUGGUGGGUGGCUGCCUUGGCCACGAUCGCACACCGGCAAGACCUGAUGAAGAAGAUUUGUGUUGAACAAAAUGAGGAAUGCGGUGUCUACGGAUUCGUCUUCUUCCGGGACGGGGAGUGGAUUCCGACAGUUGUAGACGACAAUCUGUACCUCAAGGAAAAGGACUAUGGGCACACAAACGAGACUUAUGAUGCAACCGGCAAGCAUGAACGACGUCACAAAAGGGAGAAACAGACGGGCUCCGACUCUCUGGCCUUUGCCAAGUGUGAGGACGCCAAUGAGACUUGGUUCCCCUUGCUUGAGAAAGCAUUUGCCAAGGUUCACGGCGACUACGAGGCCUUGGAGGGUGGAUGGUCAUGCCUCGCUGUCGAAGACCUUACUGGUGGUGUCGCCACUAUGAUGCAGGCAAACAGCGUGCUUCGCAAGGACCGGCUCUGGCGUGAGAUGUUGGUGUCCGAUACCGAGGACUCGGAGUUCGUCUUCAGCCUAUCCGCGAUGCGUCCAGGGACAGAUUGUAACAAUGGCAUCGUUCAGUGCCAUGCAUAUUCUGUUCUCAAGGCGACUGAGGUUGAAGACGAAAGGGGUGAGAAGGUCCGCCUGGUCAAGAUUCGGAAUCCCUGGGGGGGCAGAAACUACAGAGGCCAAGGGGCCUGGCAUGGGCCUUGGUCAGAUGGGUCCAAAGAGUGGACUUCGCACAUGAUCCAGAAGUUGCGGUAUCGGUUUGGUGACGAUGGUUCCUGGUGGAUGUCUUACAACGACAUGCUUGACAACUUUGUCUGGAUCCAUCGGACCCGAGUCUUUGAUAAGCGAUGGACUGUAGCUCAACAGUGGACAAGCGUCAACGUUCCAUGGCUUUCUGGGUACCUCAAGAAGAAGUUUAUCAUAGAGGUCAAAGAAGAAGGCAUUGUGGUCAUCACCCUAUCACAGCUUGACAAGAGAUAUUUCAACGGACUCGAAGGGCAGUAUAGGUUCGUUCUUCAGUUUCUUCUCAAAUCUGUCCAUGAUGCCACGCCGAUCUGUCAGACACGAGCAACCCCUAGAGCUAGUGCACGGUCAACCAACUGCGAGGUCGAACUCGAGCCAGGGACCUACGAAGUCAUUCCCAAGAUUGUUGCCCAGCACGCAGAGUUUAGGCCCACAGUCCAAAAAGUUGUGAAGAUAGCUGCAGACAAGAAGCCCCGUAAGCUUCAACAAGUCGGACUGUUGCAUGAUCUUGCGCAUGCCAAGGGAGGGAUUGUGGACGAGGAUGAGGCUAUUCGCAAAAAGCGGGAGAACGACAAGAAGGAAAAACUGGAGAGUAGCCGGAAACAAGAGAUAGCCCGGAAGGAGGAGAAAGAAAAGGACGACGCAAGGAGAAAAAUCGAGGAGGCAUUAGUCCUAAAGAAGACUGAGUACUACAGUUGCAUGAGCGAGAAGACCAAGGGAGUUGAAAGCAACGACGACGCGAUCCUGGAGAAGGUAAGUGGUGGGUCGGGAAAGGACCCUGUGGAAGAUCAGGCCAAGUCUGAGACCCCGACUGGAUCGGACAAAGAAACAUGGGAGAAUGUCGAGGAGAAGAAGGAAGGGGAGUCACGAAGGCCCUCGCAGGACUCAAACUCGCCCCUGAUGGAAAGAAGCGCAACGAGCCAAAGUACGGAGUCGAAGCUCGUUUCAACACCAUCCACCGAAGGUCAUUCCGAGGAAGCCAACAGUUCAGACAGUUCAGACACAGAGUCGGAAUGCGAGCCGGGAUCUGAUGAUGAUGAUUCGGAGCAGGGCGACAGCAACGACAGCUCAGUUCGAAAGCAGCGCAAGAAGCAGCCAUGGAAUCCCGUGUGCGUUAUCGGUCUACGGGUCUAUGCUCAACACGCCGGCAUCAGUGUCCGGCUUGCCGAGCAAAAGACUGACGACGUUGCCGAGAGUCUUCCAGCAAAGGAUGACUCGACCAAGUCGACGUCCUAA